AUGGACUUUGGAUGCCAUUUGAUUCCAUGUGAUCAUGUGAUUGUCAGAACACGGCACUCCUAUGUAUUUACCAACAUACGGCCUUUCCUUCCAAUGCAUAUACUUGUUUCUCCAAUAUCAAAGAAAGAGAGGCUGUAUGACCUGAGCAGUGAGGAGACUUCGGACUUGUUCAACACUGCCCGGAUUGCAAUGAAGGCGCUGAGAUCAAUGUGUGAUGGGUUUACAUUGAGUGUGCAGGAUGGUCCAUGUGCAGGACAAUCUGUGCAUCAUGUGCAUGUUCAUAUUGUCCCAAGAAUCGCAAAUGAUCUUGAGAGGAACGACGAUAUUUAUGCGAAAGGUGCGCUUGACUCAGCAAGCAGACCUUCAAGAAGCUAUGAAGACAUGGAAAAGCAGACCAAGGAGUUUAGACAAAUAUUCAGGCGUUUUUUCGAGUCUGAAAACAUUUACUAUGAAAUGGACUUUGAAUAG